UUGUCAUAUCCAGAGAAAUCCGUAGUGGUGGUGUGAUUUAUUUUGAAAAUAAAUAUUGCAAUAUUUAAGUUUGCCAUUCACCUGAUAGCCGUUUAUUUGUUAUCGGUAUAUCGUACCGUAGUUAAUUAAAAUGGCUUUUUAUUGCUGCGGCAGAUUAGGAAAUACUUCGCUACUGGGGAAUUUCGCGAAAUUCCGCACAGCGUUAGGCAAUGCGACGUACGCUCAAGCUGCGUCCGUCCCUAAGAUAACAUUUAAAAAGUUUGAACCUCCGAAAGAUGAGCACCACGAUAUUAGAAACGAACGUUUAAACAGGCCAUUGUCGCCCCAUCUCACCAUCUACAAGUUCCAGAUAACGAGCGUACUGUCAAUUACGCACAGAACUGCAGGUAUUAUCUUAACUGGAUAUGCAACAGUACUUGGUCUUGGAGCAUUGGUCCUACCCCACGAUGUAUCUCACUAUAUCACGAUGAUUGAAGGAUUAAAUCUAUCUCCAGCUACUAUCUUUUUAGCUAAAGUAUUUCUUGCUGCUCCGUUUGGUUACCAUUUUGCAAACGGAAUUAGACAUCUGUACUGGGACACAGCUAAAGGUUUAACUAUCAAAGAAGUUUACUCUACAGGCUAUGCAAUGUUAGCAGGUACUGCUGCUAUCACAUUGUUCCUUGCAGCAUUAUAAUUAUGACAGGAUAGUAGGAAAAAUAGAAAUUGUUGACUUUUUGGUAUUAUUAUUUAUUCUCAAUUUAAGCAAAUAAAUCUUAUCGAAUAAACAUU